UCGUCUAAAGGCACCGAAGGACUCUAUGAAGUGUUCUCGAAUCCUACCUCUGGCCUCCUCAUGGCAUACCAGUAUUCUGGAACCGGCCAGCAAUCUGUUGCUGAGUUGCAGCGACUCACAACUUUUGUUGGUGAUCUGCUUUUCAGACAUGCUGACGCACUUUCAUUU